AUGUCAACUAGUUAUUUUAGUAAUAGUAAUAGUAUGAGUUUCAACAACUACUCUGCAUUGGUAGGCGAUGGAGAUGAAGAUGAAGAUCAAUUCGAACACCAAGAUAUAAAUCAUUCUGGUAUUGGUAGUAAUAGUAAUAAUAAUAGGAAUAUAAAUAAUAAUAAUAAUAAUAGUCAUCAAGACCACAAUCCUUUCUUUUUCACAUCAAAGGAUUUUGAGCAGACUCCAUCUUCAUCACCGUCAAAUAAGAAGAGUGGUAGUGGUGCUGGAGGUAGUCGGUUUGCAUUAGAUGAUGACGAAGAAGAAGACAAGGAAGACCAUGCAUUCAUAGAGGUGGAACGAUUGAUUGCUCCAAGUAGUGCACUCUACAAUAAAAGAAGAUUACUAGCUUUUGGUUUACUAUUAAUCUUGCUUAUAUUGGGUACUACAAUAUCCAUUGUCAUCUAUCGUAAUAUUUCACAUAAAGAUGAUCAAGAUGUACCUCUUGAUUCAUCCUCCUCAUCAUCUUCAUCCUCUUCAGAACCUGUACCACCAUCAUCAUAUUCAACCAAUAUACCCAAUCUCAUUGUUAUCUCAAUUGAUGGAUGCAGAUGGGAUUAUUUAAAUAGAGGAAUAACACCCAAUUUACAAGCUUUAUACAACAAUGCCAAAGGUGCUCAUGCACAAUUUAUCACACCUCAAUUCCCUUCUAAAACAUUCCCAAAUCAUUAUUCACUAGCAACUGGAUUAUACCCAGAGUAUCAUGGGAUUAUUGGCAAUCAAAUGUAUGAUCCAACAGCCAACAAAUAUUUUGAUUACAAGAAGCCUGCUGUAACAGACCCUUUUUGGUAUUGGGGUGAACCUAUCUGGGUCACUGCACUAAAGAAUGGUCUCACAGCUGCUUGUUAUUUCUGGCCUGGUUGUAGUGCUCCAAUCCAAGGUUAUUCACCAAACCCAAAUAUGGUUACUUAUUCAGAUACACAAGCAACUGAUGUAUUGGGAACUGUAUUCCAAUGGCAAUUAAAUCAAAGACCAAAUUUAACGAUGGUGUAUUUAUCAGAUGUCGAUAUUGCAGGUCACGAAUAUGGAACUGAAUCAAAACAAGUGAAUCAAGCACUUGGAUUUGUUGAUGGAGCUAUUGGAACAUUUAUCAAGAAUAUGACAGAUGCUGGAUUGAUUGAAAAUACCAAUAUACUCAUUCUAUCCGAUCAUGGAAUGACUAAUAUCACUGGAACGAUUGAUAUUACAACAUAUAUUAACAUGUCUCAAAUAUUACUUGGAGGUGGUGCAACACCCAUCCUAUCAAUAUUUCCAAUCGAUGGUGAAUUAACAGUUGAUGAGAUAUACGAUAAAUUGUCCGGUAUUCAUCCAAACCUUACCAUCUAUAGAAAAGAGGAUGUUCCAGCACAAUACAAUUUCAACUCUACUACCAAUGCGCGAAUUGCUCCUAUCAUUGGUGUUGCUGAUUUAGGUUGGGCUGUUUACACUGGUAAAGCAAUUACUGAUUUUGCAACACAUGGUUAUGAUCCAGUUAAUAUGAAUAUGAAGGGAAUAUUUAUUGGACAUGGACCAAAUAUUAAAGGAGGAUUAAUGCCUUUUAAUUUCUCAAAUACCGAUGCCUAUACUCUAUACACUGGAUUAUUAAAUAUUACAGAGAACUUACCAAUUACAAAUGGAACAACUUAUUUAAGAAAUUUGGUUAUCAAGUCUAAAUCUGAACCAUAG